AUGGCCGCUGCAACCGAGAAGCUCCCUCAGCUCAAAUCCGCCACCGAUGGACUUAGUGAGAUGAGCGACAAUGAGAGGAGCGGAUUCAUCAACCUCGUUUCACGUUACCUGAGCGGCGAGGCUCAGCACAUUGAGUGGAGUAAGAUCCAGACACCUACCGAUGAGAUUGUUGUUCCUUACGAUAAAAUGGCUAACGUCUCCGAAGGUAUUGAAUGA